GUUUUAGGAAUGUUUUAUUUUGAGUUUCUUAGAUGUUACGCCCUUUCUGUGAUAUCGGUGGUCUUGAAUCCUUAACGCUUCAAAUUGAGCCAUGCAACUCCAUAAGAAAAGUUUGGUUUUUUUUUCUGUAAGGCUAACAGAAACGCCCACCCCAAUAAAGUCCAUGUGACAAUAGGAGAUUCAGUGCGUGUUUCUUGGUGAGCAAGUUACUCUUAGUGUAAUCAAAUCGUUGCGACCUAAACAUAAUUGAAGUUUCUGAUUUUCUCACUCUCUCCUUAGAAGUUCUGUAAACUUGGUUUACACCUCAAUGGCAAUACCGGCGGAUGCUCCAAAAUUCGGUAGAAAGAGAAAGCGAAAGAGAUUAGCCUCCCAAAAAAAGCUCACUGUAGGUGAAAGAGUGGAGGUAAGGAGUGAGGAAGAUGGGUUUCAAGGCUCAUGGCACCCUGGGAGUGUCAUUGCAUGUUAUAACCAAGGUCGUCGUGUAAAGUACGACCAUCUCCUAUGCAAUGAUAAGUCUGAUAAUCUUGAGGAUGUCGUGUAUGUUUCACGUUCAUUGAAUGGCAUUGGUUCUACUGAUGCAAACAGCUGCAAGUAUCGUGGGUGUAUAAGGCCGACGCCACCUCAUGUGGAGUUUAAUAAAUGGGUCCUUUCCUAUGGUCUUUGUGUGGAUGUGUAUUACCAGGAGGCUUGGUGGGAAGGUGUGAUUUUUGAUCACGAUGACGGUUCGGAUGAGAGAAGGAUUUUCUUUCCUGAUUUGGGCGAUGAAUUAAAGACAGGAAUUAACAUGUUGAGAAUUACUCAGGACUGGAGUGAGUCUACAGAUAAUUGGCAGCCUCGUGGGAUCUGGUCAUUUCUCAAGUUGAUUGAGGAAUAUGAGCAAGAAGGAUACCUUGGUGUUUCAGUAAAGCAAAUUUGGUAUGACGUGCGGGGAAAAAAAGGUUUUGAUGAGAUUGAGGAGUGGACUUGUAACAGGGAAGACUUGUGGAAAGAGUUAAUGUUGGAGGUCAUUGACGAUAACUUAAGUAUCAUCCUAAAAGAUGUGUUUCAGGUUUUUGAUCAUUCCGUGAGCUUGUUACAAGAAACCAGUGGAGGAUUGAAAUCAGCUAGAACUCCUGUUGACACUGAUACAAGCCCUGAAUCAAAUUUGGAUAAUUCUCAUGCCAUCGUCCCUGUUGAGGAAUUGUGCAGUGAUCCAUUUAUUGAUCAAGAGAAGCCUCCUCCUAUGGAUGAACUAUUCUCUGAUAUGAAUCUUUUGGCUGACUCAGAUGUACCCUGCCACAAUAAAGCAGUGUCUUUGAUAGCUGAGAGAUUGUCGGCAUUACCUUCUAGCACCAAUUUAGUGACCAUUGGUGAAGAACUCUCUAGUACUAAUUCGGUUAAGGUCAAUGGGAAGCGCAGAUGUUUUACACGCAAAAGAAAUUGGCUACCUGCUGGGCCCAACGUGCUUCCUGAACCUGCAUUCUGCGCGCAUGCUGUUACCGAGUAUGCACUUUUGAGAAUGAAACAUAAGAAGCCGGGGAAUUCUUUAGCCACAGAUGUGCGGAAGCAUCUUUCAUACCUGGGAUGGAAGAUUGACUUUAUUAGAUAUAAGGGUGAGAAUAGACUACGCUAUACCUCACCUAUUGGGAGAUGUUACUAUUCACUUCUCCAGAUCUGUCAAGAAAUGAGGGGAUCCACUACAGAGACGAUCUCUUCAUUCUCGGAAAGUCAGAGAAAUUUUCAUAUAUCUCAAGAUGAUACACCUUCAUUUUUGCUCCUAGAACAACCUCAAGCAAAUCAGGAUCCUUAUUUUUGUUCUCAAACUAUGGCGUCUACGCAGUCUGAUAAACUUGGAGAGAAACCAAAAUUUUGUCAUCAAGCUGUUGUGGAUAAUGAUAUGCAUGGACAAGUUAAGAGCUCCCAAAAAUUAAAAAGAAGAAAGGUUUCUAGACCAUUGCCAAAUUUGAGAAAUGAUCUAGGAAGUAUUUGCCCAACUCGUAUGCUGCUAUCAAGGAAAAGAGUACAGGAGGUGGUUACUCCUAGAUCCUCACAUCGCAAUCCUCGAACUGUACUCUCUUGGUUGAUAGACAACAAUGUGGUGUUGCCGAGAGCAAAAGUACGCUAUUAUAAGAACCACCGUUCAUUGGCUGAAGGGCAGAUAACUCGUGAUGGGAUUAAGUGCAGUUGUUGUGAGAAGGUGUUUACUCUUUAUAACUUCGAAGUUCAUGCUGGUAGCAAAAACCACAGACCAGCUGCUAGUAUUUUUCUGGAAGAUGGAAGGUCUCUGUUAGAUUGCCAAAUGCAAUUGAUACGUGCUAAGAAGUUUAAAAACUUCACAAGAAAACCACAUGUUAGAAUGAAGAGAAGUUCUCGUCAAGGCGAGAAUGACAGCAUUUGUACUGUUUGUCACUAUGGAGGUGAAUUGAUAUUAUGUGAUAAAUGUCCGUCUGCAUUCCAUAAGAGUUGCAUCAAUUUGAAGGAUGUUCCAGAUGGUGAUUGGUUCUGCCCAUCAUGUUGUUGUGGAAUUUGUGGACAAAAGAAAUUCGGAGGCAACAGUGAACAUCAAGUUGAUGAUAUUGUUCUCACAUGCUAUCAGUGUGAGCAUAAAUAUCACAUUUACUGCUUACAAAAUAGAGGGGCUGCUGGCAUGGAAAUUUGUCCUGAAGAAAAAUGGUUUUGCUGCAGAAAGUGUGAGCAGAUAUUUUGGGGCCUCCAAAAUAUUUUAGGCAAACCAAUUCCAGUGGGUGAGGACAAUCUGACUUGGAUGUUGUUAAAGCCUAUGACACCUGAUAGUCAUGAUUUAGAGGCCUUGUCAGAGAAUUACAGCAAGCUGAAUGUUGCUCUUGGUGUGAUGCAUGAGUGUUUCAUACCUAUGAAGGAACCUCGCACUCGCAGAGAUCUUGUUGAAGAUGUUAUUUUCAGUAGAGAGUCAGAGCUUAAUCGUUUGAACUUUAGAGGGUUCUACACAGUGCUUUUGGAGAGAAAUGAUGAGAUGAUUGCUGUGGCUACUGUACGGAUCUAUGGAGAGAAGGUGGCAGAAAUGCCUCUUGUUGGUACAAGGUUCCGAUAUCGUCGUCGUGGAAUGUGUCGCAUACUGAUGAAUGAGCUGGAAAAGGAAACUUACGUUUUUCUCAGUUUUUUUCUUUUGGUGGGAUAGGGGGCU